CGCACAAGUUCUUGUUUCGCUAGUCUCGGCUGGAAUGAAACCGAAAAUGUCGUCGACUGAUGCCGUAAAUGUCGACGGCAUCCAAUUCGAUCGUAAUGGUUUGCUUGGUACGGGUUUCUACAGUAAAGUGUAUCGUGGUACGUAUAAAAAUCAAAGUAUAGCAGUCAAACGAAUUCUGAAGUCAAGAGUUGAACAACAUCCGAACAAGUUGAAAAUUCUGCAGGAGUUAAGACAUCCCAAUUUUGUAAAACUUCUUCACUUCGCGAACGAUGGCGAUUUCAAUUACUUUGCUUUGGAAUUAUGCAACGCAUCGUUGAAUCAGGUGUUCCUGAAUCAAGACGAUCCUCGUAAAUACAAAGGACCUGCAUUACCAAAGCCUAUCGAUGUUUUCUUGCAAUUAGCUUGCGGCCUUCAAUAUAUUCACGCACUGAAAGUAAUCCACGGAAACAUUAAACCUGAAAAUAUUUUCAUUUCUGUGAAACCUACUGACCGUGACGAAGAGGUAACGAUCAAGUGGGCUGAUUUUGGAUUGUCACGAGAAGUUGGUGAACGAGGAACAAUGACAAUGAGUGGAAUCAAAGGGACUCUACUUUGGUUUUCUCCCGAAGUGAUGGAAAUUAUGGGCACAAAUUUGCGCAUUGAAGAAAGUGAAGGCUCAAUCAAAAGCGACGUUUAUGCAGAGGGCCUCGUGUUCGGUUACAUUCUCUUGAAAGGAAGACAUAUCUACGGCGAAGAUGAUUUCGCUAUUGCGGCGAACAUACUGCAGAACAAUCCAGUUAACAUGAGUGAGAUUCACCAGAAGCAUUUCGCACGUAACUUAAUAGAACGAAUGCUGACCAAGUCACCUGAUAGAAGAAUUACAUCUAAUGAAGUUGUUAAUCAACUUCAAUCCAUCAAAAUCAAGCUUAUCAAAGAAGAAGAAAACCUGCUUCGGCUGUGUACAGAAGAGUGUCCAACAACAGAUUUGAGGAAUACCAUCGAAUCUUUAAUGCAACUCGGCAUCGACAUAAAUGUAAAGAAUAACAAGGGAUGGAAUGCGCUUCAUGUAUUGUGUUCUAAAAAAUCAAGUCCACACUUACUCGAUGCGAUUGAACUCUUGAUCGAAUUCGGCAUCGAUAAAAACGCAAAAACAGACGAUGGAUUCAACGCGCUCCAUCUUUUGUGUUAUAAAAAUUCAAGCCCACACUUAAUCGAUGCAAUUAAACUUUUGAUUGAACUCGACAUCGACAAGAACGCAAAGACCGACGAUGGAUUCAAUGCGCUCCAUAUUUUGUGUUCUAACAAUUUCAGCCAACAAUUAACCGAUGCCAUUCAAAUUUUGAUCGAACUCGGCAUCGACAAGGACGCAAAUGAUAACAAGGGGUCGAAUGCGCUUCAUAUUUUGUGUUCUAACAAUUUAAGCCCACACUUAAUCGAUGCGCUUAAACUCUUGAUCGAACUCGGCAUCGACAAAAACGCAAAAAACAACUAUGGAUCGAAUGCGUUUCAUCUUUUGUGUCGAAACAAUUUAAGCCCACAUUUAAUCGAUGCGAUUAAACUCUUGAUCGAACUCGACAUCGACAAAAACGCAAAGGAUAACAAAGGAUUCAAUGCGCUCCAUCUUUUGUGUUCUAACAAUUUAAGCCCACAUUUAAUCGAUGCGAUUAAAUUCUUGAUUGAAUUCGGCAUCGACAAAAACGCAACAACAUACGCUGGAUUUAAUGCACUCCAUCUUUUGUGUUAUAAAAAUUCAAGCCCACACUUAACCGAUGCGAUUAAGCUAUUGAUCGAACUCGGCAUCUAUAAGGGCGCAAAAACAGACGCUGGAUUCAAUAUGCUCCAUCUUUUGUGUUUAGGCAAUUCAAGCCCACACUUAAUCGAUGCGAUUAAACUCUUGAUUGAACUCGGCAUCGACAAAAACGCAAAAACCAACAAUGGAUCCAAUGCGCUUGAUCUUUUGUAUUCUAAGAAGUCAAGUUCUCACUUAACAGAUGCCAUUAAACUCUUGAUCAAUCUCGGCGUCGACGUGAACGCAAAGGGCACGUAUAGAAAGAAACCGCUCGAUUCCUUUCGGAAUACAACAGAUGAAAUCCCAUAUGGAUCGAUUGCAAAUAUGGCUGGUAAGCUAAAAUAUGAAGAGUACGAAGAUGAAAAGUUCGUUGAAAAAGAAGGAAAAUUGCCGCUUCUACAAGGAAAAAGCGAAGUACCCAUUCAAGAUGAUAACGACGCGAACAUAAAGGAAAAGGGUAAAAGUAAUCCACUACAUUUCUUGUGUCAAAACAAUUCACGCUCAAAUUUAAUCAACGAAAUAAAACGCUUGAUCGACUGCGGGUACAACGUGAAUGAUAAGGACAAGGACGGAAGAAAUUCGCUCCAUUAUUUGUGUCAGUACAAUUCAAGCCCACACUUAAUCGAUGCAAUUCAACUCUUGGUAAAACUCGGCAUCGACGUGAACGCAAAAAACGACGACGAAAAGAAUGCGGUCCACUAUUUGUGUGAAAACAAUUCAAGCCCACACUUAAUCGAUGCAAUGGAACUCUUGGUCAAACUCGGCAUCGACGUGAACGCAAAAGACGACAAGGGAAAGAAUGCACUCCAUUAUUUGUGUCGGCACAAGUUAAGCCCACACACAAUCCAUGCAAUUAAACUCUUAUUCCAACACGGCAUCGAAGUGAACGCAAGGGACAAAGAGGAAAAGAAUGCAUUCCAUUAUUUGUGUGGAAACAAUUCAACAUCAAACCCAAUCGAUGCAGUCAAACUUUUGAUCGUACUCGGCAUCGAUGUGCACGCAAAGGACAUGCAUAGAAGGACAGUGCUCGAUUACAUGAAAACACAUGUAGAUAUCGACACAUUUGGAUACGAUAGGAUUGGACAAAUUAUGGUGCGCAUAAUUCAAAUCCUAGAGAAAAAAAUUACUACUUCUUCCCCAACACUAAAGCUUGUAAGAUCUGCAUAUGAAAAGGUGAAUGACAAGGACGGAAGGAACGCGCUCCACCACUUGUGUCAGUACAAUUCAAGCCCACACUUGACCGAUGCAAUUGAACUCUUGGUCUUACUCGGCAUCGACGUGAACGUAAAAGACAAGUAUGGAAGGAGUGCACUCCAUUAUUUGUGUAAAAACAAGUCAAGCUCAAACUUGACCGAUGCAAUUCAACUCUUGGUUGAAUUCGGCAUCAACGUGAACGAAAAGGACGAAGACAAAAAGAAUGCACUCCAUCAUUUGUGUGAAAACAAUUCAAGCCCAAACUUAAUCAACAUAAUUCAACUUUUGGUCGAUAAAGGCAUCGACGCGAACGCAAAGGACAAGUAUGAAAUGAAUGCGCUCCAUUAUUUGUGUGCGCUCAAUUCAAGCCAACACUUACCAGUUGCAAUUCAGCUCUUAGUAGCACUCGGCAUCGACGUGAAUGAAAAGGACGGGGACGAAAAGAAUGCAUUCCAUUUUUUGUGUCAAAACCAUAAGUUAUUCAAGCGUACGAAGAAUGAAAAUUUGAAAUCACACGUCCUCAGACUUCUAAUUCGAUAUGGGAUUCAACUGCACCCCGGCAACAAAGCCAGUCCAAAUGUGAAUCAAUACUUUUUCAAAGAAAACGAUAAUUACGGCGAAGAGUUUCUAAAUUUACUGGCAACGGAAAAAUUGCGUUUGGGAUGGCACAAGGAAUGUCCAAAUUGCCUUCAAAUACUGUCAAUUGAGAGAAGUCGCCGAGUAGAAUUGCAGCACCACUACAUGUUUACCAACUGUUAUGUCGUAUUUCCCUUGCUUAUGAAACAUUUAGAAAUAUGGGCAAAAUCAAAUAAAAAACCCGGGGAACCAGUGCUGAAUAUGAGCAAUCCAGCAGAGUGGCUGCGCAAUAAAGCAGAACAAUAUCAUCAAAAUGAAACCGAAAAAAGCUACAAAGACGACUUGGAAGUAAUGGCCGAGGUCAGCGAGCAACUCAAAAACGGAAGCAACUCGGGUGAUUUUAACUGUGACAACUAUGAACGCUAUUUGAGAUCCAUGUACUCGAUUGCGGAGAUGAUUGACUCCAAGGAGUCAAUGGGACAAAUCAAAUGGUCUUGUCUUCUACCUUUUGAUUUUCGCAUGGAUUACGAAAAUGAAGAAGAACCAGACAUCAGACGAACGAAAAUUGAAUGGGACAAGACGCUUUUCAACUGGGCACACGAAGAAACUAACACGUGUUACGGCACGUUUAUGAAAGAAGAGGGCUUUCCCCAUCCGGAUGAGUUCAGCCACAGGUGUCAUUGUGAGGUUUAAUAAUACAAAUCUUGCAUGUAUUAGGGAAAAGGGAGGGGUUCAUGUUUCCGUUUUGCUUAUUCACAUUAUGUUGUAUUUAGUUUGUAGUUUUUUCCUUUAGGUGGCGGUAUAGUGAGACUUAUUUAUUAAUUCAUUUUUACGGUCCUCAUGAACGUGAAAUUAAGUUUAAAAAAAGAAAUUAAUCAACAAAAAGAAUAAUUCCCAAAUUACAACAAAGGUUGUUUUCCCUUAAAAAACCUUUAUUGUUUUAUCGUAGAAAUUGAUGGCAAAUUACAAGAACAUUAAGCGGAGCAACUCCUUAAGGAAAUGUUUGUUGUAAAAGAAUGUAGAAAUUGCUCACAACGAAGAAAACAAACAAAGAUGUGCAAAUUACGUAGAAUAGCUUAGUCAACAUUAAAAGGGAAAAAGAUUUCAGAUGGAACGCCUGAACAAUUUUAACUCGAAACGGGAUGGAAGUGCAUCGCAAAUAUUAUGUGUCACAACAGAUGGAAACAGAAGCCUGGCAAAUUUUGUAACGAAGGUUUAAGAUUUGUUUUUUGAAUAAUAGCAUAAUGCUGUGUUGAAUUUGUAGUUUCCCCAUUCUAGUGACGGCAAUAAAAUACACUUGAACUCCCCAAAAA